CCUUCCUCCAUUUUGUUCUGCAGGUCUCUCAAUUUCCGGGAUUCCACAGUCGGGAUAAGAUUCGUGGGAGAGGGGGAACAAGUAGCUAACAAGCUAGUAGUUGCCAAGGUAGUUAGUUAGCUAGCUGCAAAUCAUGCCGAAACACACAAGAUAAAAAGUCCUGCGUGUUAUUUGACGUAUUUCAGUCAUUUAAUAUAGACAUCAAUAGACACGCCUAUUUCAUUAUUUCGAUGUGUAGCCUACUACCGUUAGCUUGCUUCACAUCAGACUUCAUUUCAUAAUGGAAAUACCAGCAUUAGCUUGCUAACGUUAGCUGUAGGUUAAUUAGGUUGGCUGGAAUAAACGGUGGCUCUUUAAAACAAGAAAAUGAGUUUCGAUUGUCUCUUAAAACGCACUUUCAUUUAGAAAUCUUAAGAUUUUCCGUUCGGCUACACCCACAUUUCCUAUUGAUGCUAUCAAAGGAUACAAAGAAACCUGCAUCUUCAUUCUAGACGGCCCUUAUAGACUCUUAAAACAUAGCUCUUGUUUUGCAUGGAAUGAUUGGUUAUGGUGUGUCUGGGUGGCAGGUGUGUGAAUGUGUGCUGAGACUGGGAAGCAGUGUUGAAGGUCAGGAUGCCAGCUCCUCCCCCAGCCCCGCCUGCCCCAGGUCCACCCCCACCACCUCCCACCUUCAGCCAGGCUAACACUACUCCACCCAAGCUGAGUCGCGAUGAAGCGAAGGGGAGAGGGGCCUUGCUAUCAGACAUCUGCAAAGGCACUAAGCUUAGAAAGGUUUCUGUGGUCAAUGACAGAAGCACACCUAUCCUGGAGAAGAAUUCAUCUGGCAGGUCCAUGCUGCUUGCUCGGGCGCCUCGCCCUCCUGGUGAGAGUGACAGCUGCAGCCUGCGGGCUGUGUCCCCAGAUCUUCCUCCUCGCCAGCGGCCCUCCCUCCCAGACCUCCCCCGAGCGGCCCGCACUGGAUCCUCCCCUACAGUCCCCAGACAAAAGCCGCCAGCCCCGCCUCCGCCCCCGCCUUCGCCCCUUUCCCGGGAGAAACCCCUGCCACCCACACCUGGCCAGGACAGUGCCCGCCCUCUGCAGGCCAAGCCACCCCCCUCCCCACUUCAUCUGCCCUGCUCUGUGGCAGGAGGGGGGUCUUUGUCCUCUCCCUCCUCUCUGGCCCCGCCCCCUUACUGCCAGCCAAUCACCGUCUCCAGCAACCACUCCAGCCCUGUCAGUGAGGCGGCUCCUAAGCUCCCUCAAAGGCACAAUUCUCUCCCGAAGAAAACUGGCCCUGGCUGCCACACCCCAACUCGGGGCCAUGCCCCACCUCCUCCUCCAGCCAGAGACCCUCCCAGCCGAGGAGCAGCUCCACCUCCUCCUGUGAUGCGCAGUGGCGGCCGGGAGGCCCCGCCCCCACCCCCACCCCCUUACAGGACACAGUCAAACUCUGAGUCCCAUAGCAGAACCAAGAACCCACCCCCCCGCACACCUGCUGUAGCUCCCCCUCCCCCACCCGUUCGCAAUGGUCACAUCUUCAGGUGCUUUGUAGAUGAUUUUGAGUCCAAGUACUCGUUCCAUCCACUGGAGGAUUUCCCAGCCCCCGAGGAGUACAGGCAUUUCACCAAGAUCUACCCAAGCAAGACGAACAGAGUGAUGAGAGGGGCCCCCCCAUUACCCCCUGUGGGACGGUGAAUUGUGAGGUUUUAAUGGACAAGAAACAAGGGUUCCCCCACCAAACACAGACAUACCCACAGGCACAGACAAACACAUUUUAUGCACAUUAAGAACUAGCCUGCAAUAAAUCUUUGUAAACUGUACACCACCACCCCCAGCUUUUCACAUCAUUGACAAGGCCCCACUUAUGGUCCACAUUCCUUUAUUUUCACUGCAUGGCUACAGCAGAUCUUUGGAAGCAGGAUGAGGGCAAGCCCAGGUUGGGCCAGCGCAGAAUGGAGGAGCUGUGUGCUGAGUGACAGGCCCAAAGGUCACCUUUGCCUGACGCACCUGACCAUUCCAGACUUUCAGGUGGAAGAGAGACCUUUAGCGGGUUCACAGGGAUCCGUGUCCAGGCAUGGCUGUUCGAUUUUAGAUGGUACUCAUGCAACUCCACCUGUGAGCCAAAGAACUUUUUUUUGAGUCUUUUGGCAUAUGAGCAGGAGCCAGACUGGAGAAGCACUGAGUGGGGUGAUUCAUUGAUGUUCACUGAAGUGGCAAACACAGGCAGAUACAGUAGCUCCUUGCUUAACAGGAUAUGAGGGUGGCAUGAAAAGACCAUAGAAACAACCCCUAUACUUCAACCUACAGGAAUAUCAUUUGGAUAGCUGUAUGUUCUGUUUGAGUUAACAGCUUAAAUGUGUCUGCUUGUGCAAUGAUGAAGCAUGCUUUGUAAAAUUGCUUUCAAAUUAAACUAUACUUUCAAAUUCCCUUAGCACACCUUUUAACAAAACACAAAUAAUCAGGCAAUUGCUGAAUUAAAUGUUUCCACCAAAAGCAAGGGAAGGAUGUGCAUAUUUAUGAGUUUUUCAGUUCAACACGUCAGACUGAUAAAAACACAACCUGGCAUUUUAAUUACACGUUAUGCAAAUAAUAUAUUGACAGAGUGGAUGACAACAGUAUUGACUGAGAAUUUAACCUGGACCAUAAUAUUUGUCCUGUUAUGACACGCACUGUCACUCUCGAGGUGAAUUGCAUUCCUGUUGUAAAACAUCUUGCUCCCGUUUUCCUGAAAUACCAUGGUCAGUCUAAACCAGUUUGCAACACUGCAAUGGGGAUGUACAUUAAUAUCUCAGAGUGAGGAUACUGGUUGGAAAUUAAACUUAGAUGAAGUAAAAACAUUCUUCGUAUUCAUAAAAUUUGGAUUUCCUAUGUAGCCUUUGUUAAAACUUGUUUGAAAUGCACUAAAAUAUGGAUGUUAUGUUUAGAGUAGAGAAAUCAAGUAUCCAGUCAGCCAAUUAUUUACAUCCCUCUUCUGCAACAAUCCAGAAUAAUUUGUUUCUGUUCCAGGGGUGCUGUGGUGUAACCAAAAGCAGGAAGUGCAUUUAAGUAUGCAUUUAAGAAUCGGUGUCCCACCGAACACAUUUGGCAUAGUAACGGCGCUGUGCAAACGGCACCACGCUGUCUAGCACAGCACCCUUUAUAAAACAAUUCACAGCAUUUCUCUCAUCCAGAGUGCAGCACUGAUGAUGUACUACUUCCUUAAUAUUAAAAUGCUAUUUGCCCUUAAUUUGACUAUUUUAAAAUAUCACCAAUAAGAUGGGAAACUAAAUAUGUUAUGUUUUAUAUACUGCUGUGCAGCUUUGUGCCAGAAAAAUAUUUUGCUGCGAUCCUUCCACUCAUGUAGUCCCCUUACUGUAAAUGAGACGAAAUGGUUAAUGCACAACAUUCCACUAAUAAUGUGUUAGCUGCAAGUCCCACAGAAUUUUCCUGUUGUCAUUUGCCUGAUAAGAUUGUCUAUCAAGGUGUUCAAUUAAGGCUUGAAACAGUGCUAGAUGCUCUCUUAAGACUAUUAGUAAAUUUUAAACUUAGGCAGAACUGCCUGUUCUCUUUCUUUUUGCUGCAGUUGAUGCUUAUUGUGCAAGUGCUUCGAAACGUUCACAAUGCUCUUUCUAAAGCUGCAAGUAUGACUAGAGUGGGAACACCUAGAGUAGACCAACACUUGUAGCAUAUGCUAUUUAUUAUGAAACUUAACAUUGCAUUGGAUUGUAGUGUGCACUGUAAUACAUGUUACUGUAUGCGUGUGGUUGUCAGUACACAACUUCAAGUAAUGCAGAUUGAUGUAGGCUAAAUAAAAAUCUUUGAAACGGUUCACAAAUGGA